AGAAGAUCCUUUCGCUUUAAAGAUGAAGAGUUUACUUCUUCUGGUGCUGAUUUCAAUCUGCUGGGCCGACCAUCAUUCAGACAACUAUACUCUAGAUCAUGAAAGAGUUCUUCACAUCCAAGAAAAUGGUCCCCGCCUACUCGUGGAAGCAGAACAAGCCAAGGUGUUCUCACACAGAGGUGGCAAUGCUACACUGCCAUGUAAAUUUUAUCGAGACCCUACAGCUUUUGGCUCAGGAACCCACAAAAUCCGAAUUAAGUGGACCAAGCUGACUUCAGAUUACCUCAAGGAAGUGGAUGUUUUUGUUUCCAUGGGCUACCACAAGAAAACCUACGGAGGCUACCAGGGGAGAGUGUUUCUGAAGAGAAGCAGUGAUAACGACGCUUCUCUGGUGAUCACUGACCUCACCCUGGAAGAUUAUGGGAAAUAUAAGUGUGAGGUAAUUGAAGGCUUAGAAGAUGAUACUGCUGUGGUUGCUUUAGAUUUACAAGGUGUGGUAUUCCCGUACUUUCCACGACUGGGACGCUACAAUCUGAAUUUCCACGAGGCCCAGCAGGCUUGUCUGGACCAGGAUUCCGUGAUGGCCUCUUUCGACCAGCUGUAUGAUGCCUGGCGGGGCGGGCUGGACUGGUGCAACGCUGGCUGGCUCAGCGAUGGGUCUGUGCAAUAUCCCAUCACAAAGCCCAGAGAGCCCUGUGGGGGCCAGAACACGGUACCCGGAGUCAGGAACUACGGCUUUUGGGAUAAAGAUAAAAGCCGAUAUGAUGUUUUCUGUUUUACAUCCAACUUCAAUGGCCGUUUUUACUAUCUGAUCCACCCUACCAAGCUGACCUAUGAUGAAGCAGUCCAGGCUUGCCUCAAAGAUGGUGCUCAGAUUGCCAAAGUGGGCCAAAUAUUUGCUGCCUGGAAACUUCUGGGAUAUGACCGCUGCGAUGCAGGCUGGCUGGCAGACGGCAGCGUCCGCUAUCCCAUCUCUAGGCCAAGAAGGCGCUGCAGUCCCACCGAGGCUGCAGUGCGCUUCGUGGGCUUCCCAGAUAAGAAGCAUAAGCUGUAUGGUGUCUACUGCUUCAGAGCAUACAACUGAGCGCGCUUCUAGAGCGCGGCAGUGUUAAAGUUACUAAGAACAUGUGAAAGGUUGUUUUGUGUUUUUUUUUUUUAAUAUGAACUCAUGCAAGUUACCAAAACUGUGAUAACCCUUUUUUACUUACUGUAAAGAGUCAUUUUCAUAAAAAAACAAUUCAUUAAUUUGUUUUUGUAAAACUACCAUUCAAUAUCUAUUAUAAAUUAAUAUAAUUUUAAGGGAAGUGCUACAUACGGAGGCUCUAGAGCCAAACUGUUUAGGUUACAUCAUCCCAACGAAGUAUUCCUUUCAUGAGCGGGGCUUGCAAUAGCUUGAGGAUUGCUAGGAUCCAAUGGAAAAAAGUAAAGCUACUCAGAACAGCAGCUUCCACAAGCACACAUUUUACAUAUUUGUACAAUUUUGAAAUGCACUACAAUAAACAAAUUAGAGCAACACAUUUGAAAUACAGCCUUCUUUACGGAAGCUAAGAUUCUGAGUGGUUGCACAAGGCUGUUUCACAAGGGAACAAUCUACACUUUUCUAAAAGUUAAUAUAUCUAGUUAACAAGAGACAAAACUUUACUCUUUAAAACCCUGCCUUUUUGACCAAAAAAAAAAAAAAGAAAAAAAAGACAUUCAUAUGGCUCAAAUGCACAGUAACAAGCACAGUUAAAACUUAUUAUAAUCCCAUUUAUAUGAAGUAUGAAACAAAUUAGCAGAUAAUAUUUAACCAAUGAGACUCCUACCUUCUAAUUAAAAUUACACAUGCCUGAGGAGAAUUAUUUUAUCUCUUGAGUAGCUUUACUGAGUCAUAUUUAAAUUCUAAGGGCCAUUUGCUAAGCAGCAUUUAGCAUCUACUCAGGGCAGUUAUAUAGAUAAACUGCUGGACAGAAAAAUUGUAAAAUUUAGCAGCUUGAUUUUAUGUUAGCUUAUGAAAUGUUAUUGUCCUAUAAAAAUAACUUUAAACUAUUUAAUAUUUCCUUCUUAUUUAGAUUACACAGAAAAAAAAAUGAAAGCAAUGAAUAACUAUACACUUGCCUACCCAAGAAAUAGGGACCCAGUCAUCACAGUUCUUAUUAUUCCUAUUUGUUUAUACACUAGAAAGUCCAACUGGUGCCUGUGUUUGGGGAAACGAAGUCAACAAAGUAAUUCUAAACCUUCCUCCAUACAAUGUGGUCACUUUCUUGCUGGUCAUCAUUAGGCUUAAAUGAAAUGCUGAAGACAUCAUCAAAAAGUUUACAGUAAAAUCUUCAGGGCUUUAAAUGAAACUGUAAGGCCAGCUUCAGAAAAAUAGCCUUCCACAUUAACAGCUCCAAUCUUAAAUAAAGAUGUUUUCCUAUAUUUUUAUGACUGUUGAGACCCCCCAGGGACCAAUAUUUGUAUUCAAAUUACAUUUCAUGGUUUCCCAUUGUUUCACAAUGAGUUUUAAUAAAUGAGAUUUAGUAUAAUAACUCAAGUAUGACAUAGCUGGUAUGCUUUCAUGAAUGUUUUUAUGUAGAUUUUCCUCCCCUGAACAUCAGUAAAUAAACCUAUUUCCUGAAUUGAUUGUGGUUGCAUUUAAAGCUCUAUAAUAAUUCUAAUAAAUUUGUGCUAU